GGGAAAACCUUGUUUUGACAAUUCAGAGGCCGUUUUGACACGUACGAGGAAGUGUACUACAAAAUGUGACGAGAUAUAUAUGCAAGCCGAAUAAUAUUGUGUCAGCGAAUUACUGCUAACAUCUGACCAUCAUGACGACGGUAGCAAGUCAAAAUAACAUACUAUUGGGACAAGAAAAAACUACCAAAUUAUCUGCUCAGGACCUUGAAAAGGAAUUGCAGACUAUUCGCAGUGUGUUGGAGAAAGUGGAGGACACCAAUGGGAAAGUCCUCAAACAAAUUCAGAUCAGGGCCAAGGAACAGUCUGUGUUUGAAGAAACCUCACCGAAAAUUGCAGACAUGAGGGCAAAAGCCAGGCGAUUGGAAGAGGUGAUGGACGGAGGAGACACACGUUUCAACGAACUGAAAAAAAUUGUUAACGUAGUAUGUUGUAAAGUUAAUGAUGUUAUCAACGUAAUUCAUAAGGCCGAGAAAGUAGAAGAGCAUAGAAAUGAAGGUCAGGGACUGAUAAAAGCGGGAUCGAAAGACAUUGAAAGAAGUGGAAAAAUAAGAGACGAAAACAUCCGCAGUGGUCCUGAUAUUAAAGUGAAACGUUUAACUACUGCGCAACCUGUACAUGUUCAACAGCCAAUGAACACUGAAAGAAAAGUCAAAAGCGGGGCUCAAAAGGAACAGACGCCAGAUCCUGUGGAUGACUUACCAUCAAUUGUGUGCACUUCCGGGUUUAAGAGGCGCCUGACAAAAGAGAGCUCCGACAAUAGACUUAAGACUGACAAGCUCACGCAACAGAAACAGAUGGAAAGCCAGCGACCGAAUAUAGCAGGGGCCAAAUCUGAUUUAGACCCACCCUAUGUGAACAUCAAGAAUACUUCUGUCCGUAUCAAGGAGCAGGAUGCUUGAUUCGAGACAGAUUUCAAGAACAUGCCCGGUUUAAGUCCGGACAUCCUGGACGGACAGGGUAGCGACACUAUGCUGGCAGCCUUGGUAUGUCAACAGUGGCAUUC